AAAUGAGGAUGAAUUAGUUCAUGAUGGUGAAACUGUCCAAGAAGCAUUCGAUCGCCACAUUGUCGACCACAAAAGGUGUGUCGAAGCAAAUGAGAAAUUCAGAAAGUUGCUCAAAUGUAGAGAGAAAUUAAAAGACAUACAAGAUGCCAGAGCAGCAAACAGAGAAGAAGAAAAUGAUGUGGAAGACGACGAUCCACAACUGACGGGACAGAUUAAAGAUGCAAUGAAUGACGUGAGAGAUAUAGACACUGGAUCUGGUCUCACUCUGCAAGAGAGAGAAUCGAUGCUAAAUGUAGACCAAAAACGCAUCUUUGAUCACGUAAAAGCUCAUCUCUUGAGGCAAAUUGAAUACGAAAAUAAAUCAAAACAAGAGAAGGGGCAAUCAGAAAGUGUAAAACCGUUGCACAUGUUCAUCAGUGGUGUAGGUGGCACCGGUAAAUCUUUUCUUAUUGAGGCAAUUAAAGCACUAGUGAAAAGCCUCUGGUCAACACUGACCAAACAGACAUGCGUAGUUUGUGCUCCAACAGGAUUGGCAGCUUACAAUGUGGGAGGUGUGACAGCACACAGACUGUUUCAGCUGCCAAUAGAACACGAUGGACAAUGUGCCUCAUACUGGUCCAUACCAAAGGCUAGUCACAAAGUAAUGAAAACAGAACUUCAGGAUCUGAAAAUGGUAAUCAUUGAUGAAGUGUCCAUGGUUUCUAGCCUCAAUCUCACUUACAUACACAUGAGAAUGAAUGACUUAUUCGAAUCAGACAAAUGGUUUGGUGGCAAGAAUGUCCUCUUUGUUGGUGACAUCCUUCAAUUGCCACCAGUUCGUGGACAACCAGUGUUUGACAAAGUAACAGCAUCAACACUGAAAUACAGACUUGGUAGUAUGAGUGCAGUGAACAUAUGGCGUGAUACUGUCACCUAUGACGAAUUGACAAUAAAUGAAAGACAAAAAACAGACCAGAAAUUUUCGGAAAUGUUGGACAAAGUGAGACGUGGCUUUUCAGACGAUGAGACUCUCGCUACACUUUCCGAAAGGGUAUUUUCGACGCCCAUUGAGAAAAAAUUUAAAAUAGUACAACAGGGUGGUAACGCCCCAGUUUGCCUGUUUCCAAAAGUAGACAUGUGCAAAGAUUUUAAUAAAACAAUGCUGGCUAAUCUACCAAGUCCUACCAUAAAAAUAAGAGCCACAAAUUUAAUUGAUGGUACUGGCAGCAUACAUGGAUUAGUGAAUGGAGCACUUGGUACAGUGCAGGCCAUUUCAGAAACACGCAUAACAGUUAAAUUUGAUAGAAUAACUGAUCCUUGUGAGAUUGAGAAAGUCAAAAGAAAGUUUAUGGUAAUGAAAAAUGUCUUUGUGUAUAGAAGCCAGUUUCCUUUGAUAUUAGCUUUUGCUGUUACCAUACACAAAUGCCAGGGACUGUCACUAGAUAAUGCAACCAUUGAUCUGUCUGAAAACGUAUUUAGUGCAGGAAUGGCUUACGUUGCUCUAUCACGAGUACGAACACUGUCUGGUGUCCAUUUGACAUGUCUCAACCCCAAAUCAUUGAUGGUUUCCUCUCGUAGCAUAAAAGAAAUAAACAGGUUGAGACAAUUGUACAGGCCAGACCUCCCACAAUAUGCCAUUCCUACAGAUUGUGGCAGUAGAAAGCGUACACUUACUGGAACUAUUGAUGAGCCACAAGCAAAAAAUCAAAAAAAUAUGCCACCACCAAAGGUAGCUCGUGAUAAGAGAAGUAGGCCAUCAGACA